AUGUUGCGAAACCUUGAAGUCUUGUUCCAUCGAUUGGGAGGAGAGGAUGGAUACUUGCAGCGUAUUCGCGAGUACGACGAGAAUCCGAAGACACGACGCUACGCGGCGAAUAUUAUUCCGAUAAGAGAGAACGGAAAUUUCAUGCUGUGCACGAUUAUACUUGGUAACACAAUCUGCAAUACGAUUUGUGUAAUCACUUUCGAUCUAAUGACUCGUGGAUUAGUUAUGUCCGUUACAAAGCGACUGAUUCUCAUCAACGUCAUUCCAACGUUGUUCAUCAUCUUCUUUUCCGAAGUAAUCCCUCAAGUCCUCUGCACUAAAGAUGCGUAUGUCGAUAGAUCGCCGAAUGCUGGGCGGUUUGAUGCGCCAACAGCAACAGCAGAAGUAGAAACUGUAAACAUGGCCGACGUUGUAGAAAAACGGAUGAAUCUGCAAGUCGAUGACGUGCCGUGGACGUCAUGA